AACUGCGUCCGAGUUGCUUCAUUCGCAUCGAGUACUCCCGACGGAACAGAUCCACAGUGUCGAGUGUGUGCUGUCCUAGAAAGUUCCCGGAAUUUUACGGUCCCACGUUACGCCCUUGUUCUCCUUUUUUGUCCGCUAGUGCCUAAUAAGUGUAGUUUACUCUCCGUUGAGGUUGAUUUUGUACGCCAGAAUCAUGGUCCUCAAGUCGAACAAGAUGUACGUCUUCAAGCGAGACGGUCGCAAGGAGGAGGUCCACCUGGACAAGAUCACGUCCCGCAUCCAGAAGUUGUGCUAUGGCCUCAACAUGGACUUUGUCGAUCCGGUCGCCAUCACCUUGAAGGUGAUCAACGGGCUCUACACGGGCGUGACGACCCAGGAGCUGGACAAUCUGGCGGCAGAAACGGCCGCGACGCUGACCACCGAGCACGCCGACUAUGCCAUUCUGGCGGCGCGGCUGGCCGUGUCCAACCUGCACAAGGAGACCAAGAAGCACUUUUCUGAUGUGAUGGCCGACCUGUACAACAUGGAGAACGAGUUCCUCAAGACCAAGUCGCCGAUGAUUUCGGACGAGCACUACAAGAUCAUCAUGGACAACGCGGACCGGCUUAAUUCGGCCAUCAUCUACGACCGGGACUUUGGCUACAACUACUUUGGCUUCAAGACGCUGGAGCGGUCGUACCUGCUGAAGAUCAAGGGCAAGGUGGUGGAGCGUCCGCAGCACAUGCUGAUGCGGGUGGCGGUUGGCAUUCACGGGCUGGACAUUGACGCGGCCAUUGAGACGUACAACCUGCUGUCGGAGCGGUACUUUACGCACGCCUCGCCGACCAUGUUUGCGGCGGCCACGCGGCGUCCGCAGCUGUCGUCGUGCUUCCUGUUGACGAUGAGCGACGAUAGUAUCGACGGAAUUUACGACACGCUGAAGCAGUGCGCGUUGAUCUCCAAGUCGGCGGGUGGAAUCGGUGUGAAUGUGCACUGCAUCCGGGCGAAGGGCACGUACAUUGCCGGAACGAACGGGAUCUCGAACGGGCUGGUGCCGAUGCUGAGGGUUUACAACAACACGGCGCGGUACGUUGACCAGGGCGGCAACAAGCGGCCCGGGGCGUUUGCGAUCUAUCUGGAACCGUGGCACGGAGAUAUCUUUGAGUUUUUGGACUUGAAGAAAAACACCGGCAAGGAGGAGGUCCGCGCUCGGGACAUGUUCUACGCGCUGUGGAUUCCGGAUCUGUUCAUGAAGCGAGUCGAGGCUAACGAGGACUGGUGUCUGAUGUGCCCGCACGACUGUCCCGGACUCCCGGAGACUUGGGGUGAGGAGUUCGAGAAGCUGUACACGACGUACGAGAACGAAGGACGCUACAUUCGUAAGGUCAAGGCUCAGGAUCUGUGGUUCGCGAUCAUCGAGUCGCAGGUCGAGACGGGAGUGCCGUACAUGCUGUACAAGGACGCUUGCAACCGGAAGAGCAACCAGCAGAACAUCGGCACCAUAAAGUGUUCGAACCUUUGCACGGAAAUCGUGGAGUACUCGUCCAAGGACGAAAUUGCCGUGUGCAACUUGGCCUCGAUCGCGGUCAACAUGUUUGUCAAACCGGACAAGUCGUAUGACUUCCAGAAGCUCAAGGAAGUCUCUAAAAUAGUCACAAAAAAUCUGAACAAAAUUAUCGACAUCAACUACUACCCAGUUCCGGAGGCCAAGCGCUCCAACAUGCGUCACCGCCCGAUCGGAAUCGGUGUCCAGGGAAUGGCCGACGCGUUCAUCCUGAUGCGCUUCCCGUACGAGAGCGAGGAAGCCCAAAAGCUGAACCAGCAAAUCUUCGAAACCAUCUACUACGGUGCCCUCGAGGCAAGCUGUGAAAUUGCCGAGAAGGACGGAACCUACGAAACGUACGAUGGCUGUCCGGUUAGCAAGGGCAUCCUGCAGUACGACAUGUGGAACAAGGCCCCAUCCGACCUGUGGGACUGGGUCCCACUCAAGGAAAAAAUCGCCAAGCACGGAGUCCGAAACUCCCUCCUCCUUGCCCCGAUGCCAACCGCGUCCACCGCGCAAAUCCUCGGCAACAACGAAUCCUUCGAACCGUACACCUCCAACGUCUACAACCGGCGCGUGCUGUCGGGCGAGUUCCAGGUCGUCAACCACCAUCUCCUCAAAGACCUCACCGAACUCGAGCUGUGGGACGACGACAUGAAGAACAAAAUCAUCGCCAGCAACGGCUCCAUCCAGCACAUCGACGAAAUCCCCAAGCACAUCCGCGAGCUCUACAAAACGGUGUGGGAAAUCUCCGUCAAAACCUGCAUCAAAAUGGCCGCCGACCGGGGCGCCUUCAUCGACCAGUCCCAGUCGUUCAACAUCCACGUCGCGGAACCCAACUACGGCAAGCUCACCUCGAUCCACUUCUACGGCUGGAAGAUGGGACUCAAAACCGGAAUGUACUACCUGCGCACCAAACCCGCCGUCAACGCCAUCCAGUUCACCGUGGACAAGGUCAAACUCGGCCAAACCCAGUCCGCACAAAACGGAACAACGUCCCCCUCGAAAUCCAUGCUGAUGAACGGAUCGAGCACGCCGCGCAAGAUGAACGGCGAAAGCUCGAUGGCGAUGGCCGACACGUCGGCGAUUGCCACCGGGGAAACCUCAAUGAACGGAUCGUACGCCGAGCGGAACCGCCGGAUGGCCGAGAUGGUGUGUUCACUCGAGAACAAGGAGGACUGCAUGAUGUGCGGUUCGUAGGCGGCGAUCGCAACAGCGUUGACGCUGACCGGUGAUCGCUUAAUUAUUGGUGUAUAGACUUAUUUUAAACUCACUGUAUUCUAUCUUUUGUAUCGUUUGGCCCACUUGACGGUUAGAUUCACGAGUUUUAUUUGCGCUUGUUUUGGGUUCAUUCGUUUUAGUUUCAUUUUUAUUUCUGUUUAGAAUUUAAGACAAAUAUA